GGGCGGGACCCGGAAGAAGCCCCGCCCAAACACCGCCCCGCCCUUUCCCGCGCACGCGCGCCGGGCGUUUCAGGCAUCCAAAAUGGCGGCUGCAAUGGAUGUGGACACCCCUAGCGGCACCAACAGCGGCGCCGGCAAGAAGCGCUUCGAAGUGAAGAAAUGGAACGCAGUAGCUCUGUGGGCAUGGGACAUCGUGGUUGAUAACUGUGCCAUUUGCAGAAACCAUAUUAUGGAUCUAUGCAUAGAAUGUCAAGCAAACCAAGCAUCAGCUACCUCUGAAGAGUGCACAGUUGCAUGGGGCGUCUGCAAUCAUGCUUUCCACUUCCACUGCAUCUCUCGCUGGCUCAAAACUCGCCAAGUAUGUCCGCUGGACAACAGGGAAUGGGAGUUCCAAAAAUAUGGACACUAGAGAGAUGGUCACCACGCUUCUUGUUAUGUCAUCGGCCUCAGUUGUUCUUGUCUCUGUGGGUUUGUUUUGGCAACUUCAAAGAUCAGUGAUGUAUACAGUUCUUCAAUCUUCAUUUCUCCCUGUUGUAUACCAUUGAAUAAAAUCUUGCUGGAGCUUCCUGUCAAA